AUGCCGCCCUGGCUGCUGGGCAGCCUCUGCUGCGUGCUGGCGGCGCGGACGGCACUGGGCAGCGGCUCCGCGGGCGCGGAGGAGGAGGAGGAGGAGAAGCUGAUCCGGGUGCUGGUGCUGCUGCCGCAGGACGACACCUACCUCUUCUCGCUGGGGCGGGUGCGUCCCGCCAUCGAGUACGCGGUGCGGAGCCUGCGGGAGAGCGGCGCCGGGCUGCUGCCCGGCUACGCGUUCCAGCUCACCUAUGAGGACUCGGCGUGCGGGAACCGUGCCCUGUUCAGCCUGGUGGACAUGGUGGCCCUGCAGCACCGGCGCCCCGACCUGCUACUAGGGCCCGUCUGCGAGUACGCGGCGGCGCCGGUAGCGCGGCUGGCGGCGCACUGGGACGUGCCCAUGCUGUCGGCGGGGGCGCUGGCUGCGGGCUUCGGCGCCCGGGGCGGCGAGUACUCGCACCUCACCCGCGUCGCCCCGGCCUAUGCCAAAAUGGGCGAGAUGCUGCUGGCCCUAUUCCGCCACCACCAGUGGAGCCGGGCCACGCUGCUCUACAGCGACAGCAACCCCGAGCGCAGCUGCUACUUCGCCAUGGAGGGCGUCCAUGUGGUCUUCCAAGAGGAGGCCUUCCACAUGGCCGUGCACAGCUUCGACGAGAGCAGCCGGCACCUCGACAUCGACGACGUUGUUCGCGCCCUGCAGACCGGCGAGAGGGUUGUAAUCAUGUGUGCCAGCGGUGACACAAUCAGGAACAUUAUGCUGGCUGCUCAUCGGCAAGGAAUGACCAAUGGGGACUAUGCUUUCUUCAAUAUUGAACUCUUCAACAGCUCAUCAUAUGGAAAUGGCUCUUGGAGAAGAGGAGACAAACAUGACCUUGAAGCCAAGAAAGCAUACUCGUACCUCCAAACCGUCACUUUGCUGAGGACCGUGAAGCCCGAGUUUGAGAAGUUUUCCCUGGAGGUGAAAAGUUCUGUUCAGAAGCAAGGUCUGCAUGAGGAUGACUAUGCGAACAUGUUUGUGGAAGGAUUCCAUGAUGCUAUUCUUCUUUAUGCUCUAGCUUUGCAGGAAGUCCUGAAGUUUGGUUUCAGUAAGAAAGAUGGUGAAAAAAUUGUUCAGCAAACACGGAACAGAACAUAUGAAGGCAUUGCAGGGCAGGUGUCCAUUGAUGCCAAUGGAGACAGAUAUGGGGACUUCUCUGUGAUUGGAAUGACGGACCCAGAGACAGGUACACAGGAGGUGAUUGGGGACUACUACGGAAAGCAGGGGCGUUUUGAAAUUCGGUCAAAUGUGAAAUACCCUUGGAAUCAUGGCAGGCUGCGACUAGAUGAAAGCCGGGUUUCAGAGCACACAAACAACACACCAUGUAAAUCAUCAGGUGGUCUAGGAGAAUCAGCAGUUACAGGAAUAGUGGUGGGUGCCUUGCUCGGAGCAGGAUUGCUAAUGGCUUUUUACUUUUUCAGAAAGAAAUACAGAAUAACUAUUGAGAGACGAACUCGACAGGAGGACUGUAACAUGGGGAAACAUCGGCAGUUACGUGAAGACUCCAUUAGAUCUCAUUUUUCUGCCGCAUAAAGAAGAAGAAAAAGAAUCCCAUUCUUCCUAGGGCAAAAAAGAAUUAGGGAGAAAGACACAACCAAAGAUGUCAGUGUAAAAGAGGCUCUUGAAGAACUCACUCUUUUAAGCAGUAAUUUUGUUUUAGUUUCUUUCAGAAGCUCAGGAAUGAUUUACUAAUCACAUUAUGCCACAUGGCCUUUCAUCUCAUGAAAAAAGAUGAUGCAGUUUGAUGUUACAGGAUGUACCUAGUAUGUAAAGACAGUAUUUCUUAAGGCAUAUAUUAAGGGCAGCAGAUCUGGGUUUAGUUGAUUGGGAAUGCCUCAUUCUGUUCCCUCUUUUUUCUUUUUUUAGCUCCUACCACCUCCUUCCUUAAUUGUAUCUCACCCAUGGAUAUCAAAUAUGGUUUCACAGGCACAGGUGUUGGUUGCUGUCAAAAAGAAGAAAGGAAUUCAUUUGGGGUAUGAUCCUGCGUCACUGAAUCAUUGCCAUUGAUUAUAGGGGAUACAAGAUUGAGCAUAUGGAGUUUAGUUCUGGGAGGGAACUGGCACUUGGGUGUGCACUUGGAACUCCAUUGGGGUGUAAUUAGCUCCACUGAGAAAGUCAGGCAGGUGGAAACACACGCAAAACAACUCCUUGUUUGUGUAGUAUCACAAUCAAAAGCACUGAUUCUCCCUCUUGGAUGCUGGGAGUUAGGAAAAACUCCAGUGAAUGAUGAGGAGUUUCACUGAUAAGAGAUAGAGAGAAGACAAUCAGGCCUCCAGAGAGGACUGGCUAAUUCCUCAGUCUUAUGUGUGUUUUACCAAGCUUCUUACUCUCCACUGCCAUGACUUUUCAGAGAGACAAAUAUAGUCCAUGUAGGGCCUGCUCCUGUUCCCAGUGAAGUCGAUGGCAAAAAUCCCAUAAACUUCAGUGGGCACAGGACUGCAUCCAAAAUUGUAAAUAUGAAAGUGUUUGUAUAGCUGACACAAUUCAAAAGGGGAUCUUUCUUUGUGUAAAAAUUACAUUCCAUGCUACCAUUUUACUUUUAGGAUAUUUUUAUCUUGUAUUUUUCUAUUAAAGUAUCUAUUUUUGAUUUGGUAGGAUUAAAAAUUAAGGAAGAGGAUGUUUUGAAGACGUAUUUUUUAUGACAGGAGUAACAUGCAGGGAAAGUCAACAGCUGUAAAUACCUUUUAGAACUAGUAUUUAGGGGACGAGAAGUGACUUUAUCGAUAGUAACAGACUUUGCCCCGCUUUCUUCUCCAGACAUGUGCAACAUUCAGACAGUUAUUUCAACAAUAUAAAUGCAGUAAUUGAAUUGUCUAUGUGAUGUUGGCCCUGAUCCUGAAAAUAAUGAACUUUUCAGAUUUUAAAUAGUCCAGCAUUAGUCAGUGAGACUAACUAUUCAUGUGUGUACAAUUAAACACACAAGGAACUACCUUCAGGAAUUAGGGUGGUAAAAUACUGCUCUAGGGCUGACUUUAGUCUUGCUGCCGUCGGUAUCCCUGGGACUUUUGCCAUUGACUUUACCAGGAGUAAAACUGAAUCUGUGAUGAAUUAGCUACUGACAGGUUAUUUUAUACUAGACAAAGGAGAGCUCUGUGCUUUCUAGUCAACAAAUGGAAACAAACAGUACAUAUUAUAAAUGUGAUGAACAAGAUCCAUAAAAACAUUGCCAGUGGGAAAACGCAGCUAUGACUGUGGUUCUAGUGCAUGGAAUAUUUUGGUUUAUCCUAUUUUGAUUUCAUAAGUAGAACUUUCUCGUCUCAGCAGUCAUAGUCAGACUUGAAAGUUAAUCUCAAGACCAGCCCUAAAGCCUAUGUUCUACAAAAGUUCUAGGCCCUGAGAAGCCAGAAUGCCAAUUCAGAGAAACCAUUUCAGGGUAGCUGGAAGUGAAUGAACAGUGAAAGCUGGCUCUGCCUUGUUUCUGCUGUCUUUUGUUUGUUAAUGGGGAAAUACCUCAUGGAGUGUUUACGUGUCCUCUUUUCCUUAUGUUUCACUUGCCUUUUAGCAUAAGCAGGGUUCAUCCCCUGCCCUUGUGAAAUACUGUCCAAUGUCCCAGGUAGACAGAGAGAAAGGUUUCCUGACUGCCAGGGCAGCUUCAGUAUAGCUGGUGGAUGUAGACCAGGUAGAUUUGGUGUCUUUAGGACUCAUUGUGGUAGCUGUUGUUUACAGAAUAAAUUUCCAUCAUCCCAUUUCCCAGUCUGAGUCUGUGUGACCAAAGUAACACUGUAGUCAAUGAACAGUUUUCUAUGGGCACCAGCAAACAACGUAGGCUAGAGCAGCAUUCGUAGUGCUGUGGAGUUGGGGAGAAACAAAGACUUCCUGAUCAGUUUUGGGAAUUCUUUUCAAGCAGUUGAGUUUGUCUAGCCCAUGGGCAUGCAUAAGGUUUGGUUUAUUUUUUAAAUAAUUUCCCAGGGAGUUUUGAUCUACUUCUUGUUUUGCAAAUAUGGCUUUCAAUAUUUUUACUUUCUUUCAUCCAUUUGACUACUUUGCCACAGAAAAAGUGAAGGAAAAUUUUUAAAUAUGUAAAGAGGGUAUGAUUUGAAACAUAAACUUUUUUGAAAUUGUUUGUUAGGACUGGUCUUGCAGUGUGAAUUAGUACUCAAAUAAUCACUAGUUAGAGAGCAGGACAGUAGCGUAGGUCUGCAUUUUUCCUGUGCUGUGCACAGUCAGGUCAGACCAGAAGACAGAAGCCAGGAGGUGUGGCUGGGACAAUAAAUUGUCAAUACAGCUCUUUUAUUGUGUAAACUGUAACUAAGCAUAUUUAAAAAAAAAAAAAAAUGUAAUGAAAGGCCACUUUUUAGAUAAAAAGAUAAUAAUUAUGUAUUAUGUAGGGUUUUUAAUCAUGACCUCAGGAACUGUUUUUAUGACAUGUCUGUUGGUGGGAUGCUGAUGAGGGCCUAGCCAGACUUUACAUCCCAACACCUCCCGACAAAGGUAGACCUUUCUUUCACAUUAAAACAUUUUAUACCAAUGGGCUUUAAUCUUUCUACAUUGGUGCGCAUCUACCUGUUCAUUUUCCCCAUGGAAGUGUGGAGAUCAUUUAAGACAUUUCAUGUAAGUAGAUUCCUGUAUAGCAUAAAUAAACUUGCUCUUCUUAGCUGCCUUUCACAGGGCUCUUACUAAUACUUCCCGGUCUUUUAUGGACCAUAGAUCAAAAACUGCCUGGAGUUUAGAUUAUUCAGCAGAGAGAUUCUUUACCAGCUAAUGCACUUUUGCUUUCUGGAUCAUCUGCAUUAGCUCAAUGUCACAAUGUUUAGGCUUCAAACUAUGUAAGGGAAUGUCUAAUUAAAAUAAUAGAUUCUCAAAAGAGUUUUCAAAACCUACAUUUUUAGCUUUAACAAAGUGGCCAUAUUAAAAAUAUAAAUCUGUAUUACAGAGCAGCACAAGGAGGGCUUAGACUCAGCUCAGUACUUUAGAACACACUUUAAAUACACUCAACUUCAGCUAAUAAGAGCUUUGCUCACUUGGGACCAAAGGGUAUGAUCAUGGCCAUGGCUGAAUGAAAGGGAAUCUUGCCGUGUGCUUGAAUCAGAGAAACGUUGGCCCCAUAGGUCAUAUGUUUAUUGCUAAAUCUUACUGUUGUGCCUGUUAAAUUGAAAUUGAACUAGUGGCUUCAUACUAAAUUUUUUUUUUUUUUUUCACCGAAUGUUUGAUAAAUUCUGCUAAUUUAGCAUUUUUUAAAUUACCAAAUGCUGAUCAGCUUAAUAGCUGAUUCAUCUCAAAGUCCUCUUCAUGAGGGUUCUAUGACCCGACUUUUACAUUCUUAUCUUCAACAUGUAGACUUCCACUGCAAGUUGACAAAGAUGAAGCAAAACUUGCCAUAGCUAAGACUUUUGAUUGAGAGUGCUGUGCACCUUGCAAGAUUGUGGCCAGAAUUCUGUUUAUUAAAGGGUUAUAUUCGUUCACUUCUGAAAAUAAAUUUUAUUUUCAAUUUGGUUUUAUUAAAUGCUUUACUGCAUUAUUGAAAGUAUUUUGUUGGUUUUUAAUGUAGAAUUAUUAAGGUAUAUCUAAUGCUUUGAAAACAUUCGUGCUGGACAAAAUAAGAGUGUGCUCCCUGACAGCGUGUUUUACUGAAUGAAUCUCUGAUUCAUUUUUUAGCUAGGAGAUGAGAUCACACUCCCAUUAAGCUAAUGAAAAAAACCCCUUUCGUUGAUUCAGUGGAAGUAGACUUGGGCCCUCAGUGAAGUGUCUUCAGGCUUUAAACUCAGCAUCUUGAGGCAGUUCAGAGUGAAUUUCGCAGCUUUGCAGUAGAACAGCAUCAGCCUUAGCUGACCUUGGCUCCGGCCUGAUUUUCACCUCAUGAAUGCCAUAAUGCUCCUGGAAAGCCAAGAAUAGACAUCAAAGACGGGAAGCUAAUAGUCCUGGUCAUAAAUUUCUUUGGCAAUUCAGUCCACCUUUUCUGGAGCUCAAGACAGUUCCACAUCCUUCACUACCCUCCUCUGUGCUUCAGAGUAGCCAUGUAGCUGGUCUGUUUCUUUAAAUAAAGCAGUUAAGGUUAUUUUUCCUCUUUUUCUCCCAGGGUGGUGCAAACACUUGAAUUCUCCAUUAUUUUCAUGCUCUUUCCUCUAGCUUCAGAAGUACUUUGAAAAGAGACAGCCAUUUUCCAGCAUUUAGUCAGAAAUGCUCCCUCUUCACCGGGAGGUGGCUUUUGCAUAAUUUCAGGCAUUGUCAUUGCUGUGGCACUGCUCAGCCGCCAUCACACCUUGUGCUGGCCCAUGGCCACAGUGGCUGUUACUGGAGGUCUAGUCCCAGAAUUGUCUGACGUUGCCUGUGUUUUAACUAAAUAAAGUUGAAAAAUCAGAUCAACCAAAAACUUUCUGAAGUUUAAUCUGAAUUUUUCACCUGGCAUCCUUUCCUUUUAAAAACACCCAAGCCUUCUAUAAAUAAUUGUGGUUAUAAAAGCAAUCUCAUUAAAGUCCCAUUAAAGUUAAAAUGUUUACUGGGUGCCACUUGGAUCAGCAAAAAUGCACUAGUCCAGGCAUGGUGAGAUGAUGCCAGGUGAUGUCAGCCAGUCUUUCUUUUUUCCUAAAUCCUAAUUAUUGUUAUUAUAAAAUGACAUCAAAUCUAGUGACCACUCUCUACAAAACAGAGCAUGUGGGAACAGAAAUGAAAGUUUCUAAUGGUCCAUUACCUUUUCUGUUGGUCAGCAACAUGUCCUAGUAGCUUGCCUCACAACAGUAAGCGAUGAAAGGAUGAAUUUCAGCAAAGUGUGUGUUUUGUAGGAGGCAGUUUUAGCCCUUUUUAGAAACGAAAUAUAAAAGUUACUUUUUGGAAUAUGUUUUUAAGGACAUGCUGGAAAAAGUUUUGCCUGCAGAUGUGUUUUUUGUGUCUCCUCUUCUCCACCCCUUUCUUUUUGCUGUUGAAAGCCCAAAAGGACUGUAUGUGUGUGAAAUCUUUUAAGUGGAAGAAUGGAAGUGUUUGCAGUGUGCAUAUCCCUGCUUAGAGGCAGAAAUGAAAUCAGAUGGCUUGAGGCCUGUAUUUUUUGUAUUCUUGAAUACCUUUUAACAUCUGAGCUCUGAAACUGAUGGAAAAUUAUUGUUGAAAUUAAAACAAAUAGCUGUGAGAGACCUCAGACUUGGCUGUCUGCAGGGGUCAGCAAACUGUGUGGCAGACUUUGAUAGUGUCUUUUCUCUUCUAAAGAAUAAGAGGAGGCCUAAGCGCUGUGGUUUGCCCCACUGAAGCCUUAAGUCUGCCAGAAAUGCAGCUCUCCGUUUAUCUUGCCCAUAGAGGAAGAAAGGACACAGGUUAAUGAUGUUUUUAUGAGGUUACUGCUGGUUUUGAUCAGGAAGACAAUGCUGCCACAGCUUUGAGGCUUUCUUGGGCUAGUGUUUAAUUAUGUCCAGAGUAUCAUUACAUAGACUGUUUUAUUAUGCUAUUACUUCUUCCAGAAUUUACCUUUCAGAAUGACUCCUAACUGACAUGCACCAAAUUCACAGCAUACAAAGCUAGCUUUCAAAAGGAGAGUCUUAGAGCUCAUUCAAAAUCUCUCACUAACCACUAAGUUCUUACUCUGCAUCUAAGGCAAAGUAUUCUAAGUAACCUGACACUGUUAAAGUUUGUAUGUUAAGCUGUAGUACUUUAGAAAUCUUAUGUGGAUUCAUUAGGUGUUAAAUCUUUGAAAGGUUAAAAUCCACUCUGUGUGAACUGUUGCUUGGUGUUUCUGUCAUGUGAAUGUUUCUAGAGGACACUUGAGCAAGCAAGGAAAAUGUACCAAAAAAGGGAUUCAAAAAAAUAAUCUUCUUUUGUAAUCUCAACUGGUAUGCACAGGGAACACACAAGUCUCCUCCAUAAACGAUGACGAGAGGUCUUGCUACUGUUACACUACACCAUCAGCAGACAUAAUGAGCACAGCUAUGUUGGCUCAUGCCUGGUGAUGAUCUGGAUUUCUCUUUCUCGCAUAGGUAGUGUGACGGAGGAACAAGCCACCUCUGAAAAGCCGAUAUCACAGUUACUAAUCAGGUCAAAUUUCUUGGUGCCAUGUGAGAUGAUAAAUGUUUUCUCCCAUAUUUAGUAUCUCCCUGAUGUUGCUUUGUGGCAGAAGUUGUGAUGCCUUAUGCAGUAUAGGUUGCAAAGGAUGAAAACAUCUCUUGAGAAUGUUGUGCAGUUGAGUUAGGGAGAGAGAAGAGGAAAAAUGCUCAGGGAUUGAUUAUACUACCGUGAUGAUACUAUUGACUCUGUGGAGGAUGGGAUCAAGCUUUUUCUGCACAGUACACUGCCCUUAUUGUUCAGUAUCUGCUUUCUUGGAGACUCAGAAAGCUUAUUCACCUUUAAAUCUCACAUAGCCCCCUUAUCUAAAAUUUAAGCAGGCUUUAAGUGGUUGUAGGAGCUGCUCAGGGUGUACCAUGCCCUAAGGUUGUGUUUUCACCUAGUAACAACGUUGAUUUUCUAUGCAGGUCUAAAAGUGCAGAGAAGAUUUGGGUAGAGUGAUGGGAUGAAAGUAAUGGGUAGAAUUUGCUGUGUUUCUUGUGCAAAGGGUGUAAUUAUCACAAAACUAAGAGGACUCAGGAUAGACACUGUGGACGUUAACUUUGUCCCCCUUUUUUUGGUGAUAUUGUUCAUUAUUAAUGUAAAAAUACUGGACAACAGAGAAACCUAAUACCAGUCUAGUAGAAAACAAACAGAAAGCUGCACAGUAUAUUGUACUGAUGUAAGUAGAACUAUCUGCAUAUAAUGUGAUUUUAUUUAUUGUUGUUGUUGUGUAGAGGAGAGUGCGUAUUCAUGACUGUGGAUAUAACCUUUGUUUAUGUGUCUAAUGUAUUUUAUUUCUUUUAUGACUUGGUCAUUUAAAAUAUCUACAU